CGCUCUAUAGCUGUUUUAAGCAUAAACAAAAAAGAAACCAUCUCCUCAUUCUCAUUGGAGGUUGUGUUCAUAGUGUCGACAUUUUUAGAUCAAAUUUUUACACAAAAACCCUAAUCUUACUAUUCAAACCAUGAGUUGCCAACAGCAAGAAGAGAUUCUAGUGAAAACAGUAUGUGAGAUUUAUGACAACAUCUCAAAGCUAGAUAGUCUGAAACCUUGUAAGGAUGUCAACAUGCUGUUUACUCAACUAGUACUCACAUGCAUGCCUCCAAACCCUAUUGAUACAACCAAGUUAUGUCAAAAGCUUCAAGAGAUUAGGUCUCACUUAAUACAGCUUUGUGGUGUAGCCGAAGGCUUACUAGAAACCCAUUUCUCUACUAACUUAGGUUCAUAUGAAAACCCACUUGAUCAUAUCGAAGAAUUCCCAUACUUUUCAAAUUACAUCAAACUUGGUCUGCUAGAGUUCACAAUACUUAGUGACCACACCAAGAGUGAUGGUCAUGUUCCUGAGAGGAUUGCUUUUGUGGGUUCAGGUCCACUUCCUCUUACUUCAAUUGUUUUGGCAUCAAAUCACUUGAGGAACACAUCAUUUCACAACUACGACAUCGAUGAGUCGGCUAAUUCUUUGGCGACUCGAUUGGUUUCUGCUGAUCCAGACUUAUCGAAACGGAUGUUCUUUCACGCAACUGAUAUCUUGGAUGUUACUGAUGACUUGAGUGAGUAUGAAGUUGUUUUCUUGGCAGCUUUAGUUGGCAUGAACAAGGAUGACAAGGUUAAAGUUAUUGAUCAUUUGGCCAUGUACAUGGCUCCUAAUUCUAUUCUGAUGCUUAGGAGUGCUCACGGUGCUCGCGGGUUCUUAUACCCAAUCGUCGAUCCUACUGAUCUUCAAGGGUUUGAAGUUUUACAAGUUUUUCAUCCGACCGAUGAGGUAAUCAAUUCGGUUAUCAUCGCACGGAAGUCUCCGAGUAGUACACCACCACCUCAGUACUCGUCAGUGGACCGAAUGAUUGAUCACCCAGUGAUUCGGACUUGCAAAUGCUUCGAGACGCAGCAGGAUUUCAAUCAUCUCACUCAUGGGAUCAAUUGCAUGAUCGAAUGAAGAACUUGGCAAUUGAUGGUGCUAGACAACACAAGUCACUGAUAACAUAUUUCAAUAAUUACGUUACUUGUUUGUGUGUACCUUAUAUAAUUAGAUCCAUAAUACAACCUAGUUUGUGAUACAUACAGAUCAAAUAAAUGUAAUCACUAAACAAUGGGUGCAUCUUUUAUAUGCUCAUAAUGUAAACCCUAGUUCAUUAUAAGGUUUCUUGUUGUCA